AUGAAGAAGAUCCCCAUCACUAGGAUUAUACUUAUUUAUGAAUUAUUAUGCACCAGUAAGUUGGGUAUCGAUCAUCCACUCCUCAACACUUUCUACCACAUUCUAGACGAUCAUCCACUCCUCAACACUUUCUACCACAUUCUAGACGAUCAGCACGAGAGCAACAACAAGAACAAGUCUGAACAGGCGAGGAGCUAUGUUCGCGACGCGAAAGCCAUGGCGAUGACUCCAGCUGAUGUUAAAGAGUAUCCGAAUGCCUAUGUGUUUGUGGUGGAUAUGCCUGGAUUGAAAUCAGGAGAUAUUAAGGUCCAGGUGGAGGAUGAGAAUGUGCUGGUGGUUUGCGGUGAGCGGAUCCUGAUCUUCUAA